UUUUUAUAUGACCCAUUUACCGCCAAGGAUUCCAACCAACUAAACGUUCAAAAAUCCCAAGCUCUAACCUUUAAAGAAAAUGUCAUUGAGACACAUCUUCAAACACCUUACCUUAACUUCUAGCUAUGGAUUCUCCACUCUCUCACACCGUUUCAUUCACGCACCUCUCACUCUCCUCUUCACAAACAUCAACCCCAAAACCCAACCAUUAAUUCCUGCAGAGACUUCUCUUCCAUUUUCUCAUGGUUACACUUCUGUAACUGAACCUCAAGCUUCUACCUUACUAUGUCCUUAUAUCUCUGUGCGUAUUCAAUGUCAAAAAGAGAUUGCUGAUAUGUUUUCUGAAGCUCUUAUGUGCUUUGGUGCAAGUUCAACCACUGUGGAUGAAGAUAACAAUUGUGACACUUCUAAAGAGUUAUGCAUCGAGUCCAUAUUUCCCGAAUCCGAAGAUGUGGAUGUAUGCAUCUCACAGGCUGCUGAUUCUCUUGGCUUAAAAGAGAUACCAAGUUAUGAAGUUAAAACAGGUGAGCAAUAUGACUGGAUAAAGAAAACUCAGGAAUCAUUUGAUUCAAUUGAAGUUACUGAAGGACUUUGGAUUGUUCCCGAGUGGAAGACUCCCCCGGAUGUUCAAGCAAUGAAUAUUAUUCUGAAUCCUGGAUUGGCAUUUGGAACUGGGGAGCACCCAACUACUAGAUUGUGUUUAUUGCUGCUACAAAGAUUGAUAGAAGGAGGAGAACGCUUCUUGGAUUAUGGCACAGGUUCUGGGAUUUUGUCAAUUGCAGCACUUAAGUUUGGUGCUUCUUUGUCUGUUGGAAUUGAUAUAGAUCCUCUAGCAAUAACAUCUGCACGUCAGAAUGCCGCUCUGAACAACAUAGGACCUGAAAAAUUGCAAUUGCGCCUGGUUUCUGGCAAUACUUCCUCCCCUUCAAUUGAUGAACAGAAAUAUGAUGAAAACCAGAGUUUAUGUGAGCCAGUAGUUGAAUCUGAAUCAGAAAAAUACGAUGUGAUCAUCGCAAAUAUACUUUUAAACCCUUUGCUAGAAUUGGCGGAUGAUAUUGUCUCUCGUGCUAAGCCUGGGGCAGCAAUUGGUCUAUCUGGUAUUCUAUCUGAUCAGCUUCCUGACAUUAUAGAUCGAUAUUCUCCAUUGUUGGACAACAUAUCUGUGUCAGAGAUGGACAAUUGGGCUUGUUUAAGUGGUACAAAGAAAAUUAUUCUGAGUGGCAGCUGACGGAUGUUUUAGUGUCCAAACAAGAAACAAAAAUGGUCAGUUUAAGAGCUUGGCAUCUGAUGGGCAUCUCGUGUAUUACAAUCUUUUCAACUUGCAGAAUGUCAUUAGAUACGUUGUUAUUAUAUCACUGAGAACAUAUGUAAUGAAUAAAGAUCCAAUUCUGUUGUCCCUAGUUCAAUUUUGCUUGCUUUAGCUUAGUUCUAAACGACAAGUGAACCUUAUUUCCUCAAAGCUAUCAUAUUCAUAGUUGAGUUCAUUACAAACAUGCAAAGGGAGGAAAGGGAUGUCAUCUACCACAUACUCCCCCACUGCAAACGAAAAAGGGAGAAAAAAAUCUAUCCCUGAAAUAGCCAUGAAGCAGCAGCUGUCGAUACAUCUUAUAUUUAAGCAAGUCCACUAAGAUAUAAUUAUUCACCACAUUAGAAUAAUUAUGGCACUGUAACAGACUAUAGAGCCCGACUUUACCAAAAUAUACUGCACAAUCAAUUUCCCUACUUCUAAAAGCUAUAUCUGCUGUACUACAGGUAAUUCAGAAAUCAGAAGGUCCACUAUUGUUUACUCUUUUAUCAGCAGAAAUAUCCUUCUACUGAUGUAGCCGGAAAAAGUUUAGUUACCUGCAGCUCUCAAGUCAUCCCUUAAAUCAAAUCAUUAGA